AUGCUGGCAGAUUUGAAUGAAAGGAACAAUUUAGUUUUCAAAGGAUUAGGAGCUCGUCCAGCUAAAGUACCUAUGAUUGCUGCUGUUGUUGGACAAGAGUUAUUUAAAGCCAAUUACAUGACAGGAAAAGGGAGACUCUGUUUGGAAGAGAGGACUAUUAAGUGGAAAGCUCCAAUAGAAGGCACUUUGAAGAUCAACUUUGAUGGCUCGGUGGCUAGAGGUUCAGCUGCUGGAGGAUUUGUCAUUCGAUACUCUAUUGGAAGGCCAAUUGUUGCUAGAACUCACAAUCUCGGAUCAAAUACUAUUACUGUUGUUGACGCUCUUGCUCUUAGGGAUGUUCUUCUUUUUGCAAAACAGAGAAAUAUCAAGGAUGUGGUGGUUGAAGGUGACUCCAAAUUAGUUAUAAAUGGGAUUCUCGAUCGUUGCAAGAUCUUUUGGAGGCUCAGAACUAUCUUUGAAGACAUCAAAUGGCUGGGGACCUCCUUUGAUUCUAUUCAGUGGCAACAUGUUUAUAUAGAAUCCAACUUCCUCGCAAUGGCUAUUAAAUCCAUUGGUCACAAUGUUGACAACAUUUGUAGUUGGGAUGGGUUGCUUCCUAGUGAGGCUCACCAAGCAUUUGAAUUACUGUAUGGGAUCCGGGUGCUCCCGGGGAUUCUCUAUAUCUUAAUAAAGUUUGUUUCAUAG